AUGUGCAUCAUGAAAGAACCAUGUGCUCUGUAUCGGCGGAGGAGGCCAAGCGGUGGCAGUGGCCGGGCCUCCGAGAAGGUGAAGCUUGUGUGCAGCUUCAACGGUUCGUUCCGGCCAAUACCUCCCUCGGGAGAGCUGAAGUACGUGGGCGGAGAGGCCCGAAUCAUCUCCGUCGACCGGUCCAUCGGGCUAUCCAAGCUCCGGUCCAAGAUUUCGGAUCUUUUCCCCGCCACGCGCCCUCCUUCCUUCUCUCUCAAAUACCAGCUUUCCCACCGCGCGUCCGAGGGCUACUCCACUCUCCUCGUCUCCGUCGCCUCCGACGACGACGUUCGCUGCAUGAUCGACGAGUACGACGAGCUCGAGCUUUACGGUAAGCACGCCAGGCUCUGGCUCUUCGUUUGUGCCGCCAGCGAUAAUGUCAAUGCCUUUGUUCAAAUGGGUGGUAAUUUGGUUGUGAAUUGUGUGGAAAAUUACCCUUUUUGUACCAAAAAUAGUGUUGCUUGUGUGAAGGGUGUAAAAUAUGGGGAUGAUUCGCUUAGGAAAUUUGUGUUGAAGCAACAGUUUUUGGCGAAACAAUCUGCUUGUUGUGUUAGAUUGAACAGGGAGAACAUUAUGCCAUGUGAUGGAAAUUUUCAUUCCUAUAAUGAUCAUCCGCAGAGAUAUUCGCAUGGUGAAGGGGUUUGGGGUGGCUUAUAUUGUGGCAUCCGCAGCCAUAGAGUUGGUGAAAAUGAUGCCAGAAAUCAGCAGAUUAUCUCCUACCAUGCACUUAACUAUCGGAACAACCCAGUUGAGAUAGGGAGCCAUCGGACUUUUAGAUUGGGCGAAAGGGUUCUGGUGGGGAAAUUCUGUCAUGGGCUCCGGCCAAAUUCGAACAUUUCAAAGCAGGGCCAGUGUAUGAGAGUUUGUCAUCCCAAUUCUAGCAAAAUUCCAUAUCAGGCCCUACAUGGGAAUUUUUAUGUACCCGUAAAUUUGCAGCUCCAGAAGGAAAUUACCAUCUCAAAAACAGAAUUGGGAUGCAAUAGUGAGCUGUCAGAUGAGGAAGCAGGCAGUAAUGGCGCUGAUGACUUACAGGGUGGAGUUUCAACUUCGGUGGAUUUUUCCUUGCAUAACCUUUCAUUAUCUUCAUCCAAAGAAGUAGGAACGCCUAUGCUUUCUUCCCCUGCAACCAGCAAUGUUGCCGAUGAAAAAGAUCAUGUCAAUGAAAAAGAGAUUCAACAAGACCCCCCAUCUGGUUUAAGCAUUGAUGACACGAUAAUUGGUGGAAUCCCUAUCAACCUGGCUGCAUGUUACACUCAUCUAUCCACUAGAGAGCUGCAGACUAUCAAAAAUACUGACCUUGAAUAUAUAAAGGAGAUUGGUUCGGGCAUGUAUGGAACUGUUUACUAUGGAAAAUGGAAGGGAUCUGAUGUUGCCAUUAAAAGGAUCAAGCCAAGUUGCUUCACUGGAGACUCAUUGGGGGAGGACCGAUUGGUCACAGACUUUUGGAAGGAAGCCCACGUACUAGGUGAGCUUAACCACCCAAAUAUUGUGGCAUUUUAUGGUGUAGUUACGGAUGGACCUGUGACAAAUUUGGCAGCAGUAACAGAGUACAUGGUCAAUGGCUCCCUGAAACAAGUGUUGAGAACAAAGGAUCGGACGAUUGAUCGUAGGAAGAGGAUAAUUAUAGCAAUGGAUGCAGCCUUUGGCAUGGAAUAUCUACAUGGGAAGAACAUUGUCCACUUUGAUUUGAAAUCACACAACUUACUUGUGAACAUGAGAGACCCUCAUCGACCAGUGUGCAAGAUUGGUGAUCUGGGUUUAUCGAAAAUUAAACAGAAGACGCUUGUCUCUGGUGGAAUAAGAGGAACCAUACCAUGGAUGGCUCCAGAACUCUUGAAUAGUAAGGACAUGGUUACUGAAAAGGUUGAUGUCUACUCGUUUGGAAUAGUAAUGUGGGAACUCUUGACUGGGGAGGAACCCUAUGUUAAUUUGCGAUCAAAAGAAAUAAUAGCUGGUAUAAUUAAAGGCAACCUGCGACUUGAAAUUCCAAGCUGGUGCGACCCAACAUGGAGAUCAUUGAUGGAGAGGUGCUGGUCAUCUGAUCCCGACUCCAGACCAGCCUUCUCAGAGAUUGCAAAGGAGCUACGCACCAUGUCGGCCACCCUAAACAUCAAGUGAAAACAAUGAGGUUGAGCGUCUCUGUAAAUAUUCUAGGAGCAUCAGGAACAGGGCAUGCUGAGACUUGGUUAAAUGUUGCCGUCCCAAGUCAUGUUGAUCUGAUGAGACCCCUUGGUUGGGGGUAGCUCAAGCCAGGUGCUAUUUUUUUUUUUUUUUUUGCAGUCACCUAUGUAAUAUAGCAGUGUAUAUAUAGGCAGACUCUCAUCACCUUGAAGAAGCUUUUAAUCUUUUUUGUCAAGGCUUUUAGGCCCGUUUGGUUC